AUGGAAAGAGCGGCGAAAAGAGGAGCAUGUAUAGGGAAUGCUGGUGCGCAUGACUUUUCAAUCAUUGGGCGGCGGGUGGGAAUGGAAGGGGAUGGGAUGAUCAGUCUUAGCGAGAGUAUUGGUGUGUAUCAAUCUCUUGGUAAAGGCCGAAACGAUACGAGUUGCACGAACGAACGGAAGAAAGGCUGGAUGACACUGGCGCUUAUUAGCCAAGUAUUGAAACAUUCUCGCGACUACCUGACGAAGGCCAACACGGAAUGCGGCACGCUCGCCGAUGUCUUAGACAAGACCAUUCUCGAUGUCGGCGCUUAUUCAAUAUAA